AUGCUCAUCAUCUCGUCACGCAGUGCGCUGCUGUCCGUCUACUACCCGCAGAUCUUCCUCAUCCUCACCAGCGGUAGCUACCUGGCGCUGUCCUCUGUAGUGGCUCUAGGUGCCAACAUAAUCUGCAACAAGAUACCAGGACUGGCCCCCCGGCAGAGAGCCCUCUGUCAGAGUCGCCCGGAUGCCAUCAUUGUCAUCGGCGAAGGCGCCCAGCUGGGCAUCAAUGAGUGCCAGUACCAGUUCAGAUAUGGAAGGUGGAACUGCUCGGCCCUGGGGGAGAGGACUGUCUUUGGACAAGAGCUGAGAGUAGGCAGCAGGGAAGCAGCAUUCACUUACGCCAUCACAGCGGCUGGAGUUGCCCAUGCAGUGACCACAGCUUGUAGCCAGGGCAACCUCAGCCAGUGCGGCUGUGACCGCGAGAAGCAGGGCUACCACGACCAGGAGGAGGGCUGGAAGUGGGGGGGCUGCUCGGCCGAUGUGAAGUACGGCGUGGAGUUCUCACGGCGCUUUGUUGAUGCCCGUGAGAUCAAGAAAAACGCCCGGCGGUUGAUGAACCUGCACAACAAUGAAGCAGGGCGAAAGAUCCUGGAGGAGAGAAUGAAGCUGGAGUGUAAGUGUCAUGGUGUAUCUGGUUCCUGCACCACUAAGACCUGCUGGAUCACCCUGCCCAAAUUCAGAGAGAUCGGUUAUCUCCUGAAAGAACGCUACAGCGACGCCGUUCAAGUGGAGCCUGUCCGAGCCUCGCGGCUGCGCCAACCCUCAUUCCUACGACUCAAAGAGGCUCGAGGCUACCAGAAGCCCACAGACACAGACCUGGUGUACCUGGAGCGGUCGCCAAACUACUGUGAGGAGGACACAGCCACGGGGAGCACAGGGACACGGGGCAGACUGUGCAACGGCACCUCCACGCUCACGGACAGUUGUAAUGUGAUGUGCUGUGGCCGGGGCUACAACACCCACCACUACACGCGCAUCUGGCAGUGCAACUGCAAGUUUCACUGGUGCUGCUUUGUCAAAUGCAACACCUGCAGUGAGAAAUCAGAAGUUUUCACCUGCAAGUGA